AUGGCACCCUCGAGAGCACCAAUAUCACAAGAAAGCAAUGUCACCGACGUAUACGCGCUCUCAUUACUUUCAGAGUACACUCACACUCUUGACUCCCUCCCACUCGACCUCUCUCGUAACUUUGCAGACCUCCGUGAACUCGAUGCAGUUUUGUCAUCGUCUAUGACAUCCAUCACCGCAAAAAUACAAAAUCUGACAAAGAUGAUCGAAGAUGGCACGGUAGCAAAGCAGGACCGUCUUUUCCUGCUCACAGAUAUAGCAGAGGAAGCUGCGCGUUUGAAACUGGGCGGCGAAGACAAGAUUCGUGUAGCAUGUCAAGCCGCCGACAACCUCAAAAGCCAUACUUCACAUAUGAGAACGCUCCUUACUCUCUUGCCAUCAUUCGAUGUGUCUGCAUUGAACCGCAAGACAACUUAUCCCCAUGUCGCUGUUCGGUCAUAUAUGCCCACCAUCGAUAACUCGCGUCGUAGAAGAGGCAACUACGGAUCAAUCAUGAAUACCGCAAAUCAUGAAGCCAGCCCUUCCAAACGAAAACGAGCAAUGAGAGAAGAUGAUGUGGAUGUGGGGGGCGGGAAGUCUCCUCGCAAGGAGAGGACUGGCGAUAUCAUUGUGCAGCGAUCUCGAAAUGGUGCUCGUUCACGAAAACAAGAACGCGCUGCCUCUCCCACAGAAUCUGUUCUUUCUGUCAUCUCGCACACUGUAGCACCAGUGCCUCAAGCCUAUACAGGGACCUCGAGAGCUGGGGGCUCAUCGAGUCGCACUACCAACCCCUCCAGUAGGCGUUCCAAGCCAAAUCCUAACACCUAUGACGAGCCGCACGUCAAUGGAUCUGUCAAUGGACGACGCGACAUCUUCCCCGCACCACCUUCAUCAUCAGUCUCUCAUCCUUCUUUACCUAUACCUUACGGAUCAAAUGGUUUACAUUCUUAUGAUUUGCCUGGUGCUCACACACUUGCCAAUGACUGGGGAGCCCCUCCUCUUGGGCAGCUGGAGGGUCCAGGCAUGCCUGUCGCACGGAAUACACACACCGGGGAUGACAGAACCUAUUGCUUCUGUGAGGGUAUAAGCUAUGGAGAAAUGAUCGCAUGUGACGACGUGAAUUGUGAAAGAGAAUGGUUCCAUCUUGCAUGCAUUGGCCUUACGGUGCCUCCAGACGGAACGUGGUUCUGCGAAGCUUGCAGGCAGAAGAAGAAUGCCAAACGUAGCUCGAGGGCGAACAAAAAGCGUUCGGGUGGCGGCGGCGGCACGCGGUCGGGCGGGAAAGCUACUAACAACGGAUAG